AGCUCCCCGCUCCCAUCUCCUCUGCCCGGCGCCCUCCCUAUUCCUAUUCCACGCAGGGCAGCCGGCUCCCCUUCCUUCUUUCCCCCUUCUCCCCCAUGGCCGAGCCCCCUCUGUUGCCGACCGAGCUUCAGCUCUAGCUCCGGCCAGCGGCCAUGGCGCGACGCCCUCGCUAUCUCCUCCACCAUGCAGUGUCCGGCCACCACUUCAUCACCAGCGCAGGAUCCUCUAGCCCAACCCCUCGCGGCGGAUGCGCAGCCGUCCUCCUCCUGCUCUCCGACCAACAACAGCCAGCGACCCCCAUGUCCAGGAACUCGACGCCAGCUUUCUUCCUGUGUCCAAGGCCGCAGGGGAGCAGUAGCUCUUCCUCCCUAGCUUCCAUUUCCCUGCAAGUGACCCUCUGCUCGGCUCCCUCUUCCCAGCAGCAAGCUCCGGAUUUCUGUACGCCGACAUGGGGCUGCGCAGUCCCGACCCAAGGCGCUGCGUGGGUGUUGGACAGCCCCACGCUACGUCGUCGAUCUGCGCGGUUUGACUGUCUCCGCGUCUCGCUUCACCGAAUCUGCGCAGCGCCGACGUGCCAUCGUGGGAACCCGUGCCCUUGUCGACGUCACGCCUUGCGCAUCGCUCGUCGGCAAAGAGCCCAAACUAAUGGCAUGCAUGCGCGGCACGAGUCGGCCAGGACCGAGAGAUGAUGAUCGAGCUAG